CCGCGCCGGCAAGUCCUCGCUUCCACAUCACACAACCGCCGCGGGUCGGCGGCGCCAUCAACCCCUCCACUCCGCCGCCGCGCGCCACCUCGACCUCGCCAUUUUAUGUCGCCCGCCUCCUCCCUCCUCUCCCCGCACGCCCCCCGGCGAAUCCUCCCGCUCCUCCUCCCCCUCCGCCUCUCCUCCUCCUCCUCCGCCGCCUCCGCGCCAAUGCCUCCCCGACGCGACGGUACCAAGCCGCCGCCGCGCAAAUGGAAGCCCAAGGCCACCGACGCCUCCUUCUCCUCGUCCUCCGCCUCCGCCGCGGCCGGGAUCGCCGAGCCCGUCGGGAGGAUGACCCUCGCCUCGCAGGAGCCGCCGCGAGCGGGGGCGGCGCAGAUGUGGGUGCCGAGGGGCUACGCGACCUCCGCGGCGGACGCCCCCGGCGUCGCCUCCGCGUCCACCUCGGCCUCCGCGGCGGUCACGGCGGAGCAGGGCGGUGCUGCGAGUGGGAUGCUCUCGAACCUCUUCAAGGUGGACAACAACACCUUCACCGAGGCCCAGAUCAGGGCCACGUUCUACCCCAAGUUCGAGAACGAGAAGUCCGAUCAAGAGACAAGAACCAGAAUGAUUGAGAUGGUAUCGCACGGCUUAGCAAACCUUGAGGUUACACUCAAGCAUUCUGGGUCACUCUUCAUGUAUGCUGGUCACCAUGGUGGUGCAUAUGCAAAAAACAGCUUUGGGAAUGUAUACACUGCUGUUGGUGUUUUUGUUCUGGGGCGUUUGUUUCGUGAAGCUUGGGGGAAGGAGGCCCCUAAAAUGCAAGCAGAAUUCAAUGAUUUCCUUGAGAGAAACCGUAUAAGCAUUUCAAUGGAACUUGUGACAGCUGUGUUAGGAGACCAUGGGCAAAGGCCUAAGGAUGAUUAUGCUGUGGUUACAGCUGUAACGGAGUUGGGUCAUGGCAAGCCAAAAUUCUAUUCUACUCCGGAGGUGAUCGCAUUUUGUCGGAAAUGGCGCCUUCCUACGAACCAUGUCUGGCUAUUUUCUACAAGGAAAUCGGCCAGUUCAUUCUUUGCUGCUUACGAUGCAUUAUGUGAAGAAGGAACUGCAACACCUGUUUGCAAAGCCCUUGAUGAAAUAGCUGAUAUAUCGGCACCAGGGUCAAAAGAUCAUGUAAAGGUGCAGGGUGAGAUCCUUGAAGGUCUGGUUGCUCGUAUUGUGACUCGUGAAAGUUCAGCUCAAAUGGAAGAAGUUUUGAGAAACUUUCCACAGCCUCCAAUAGACGGCGUUGAUUUAGAUUUGGGACCAAGUUUACGAGAAAUAUGUGCUGCUAAUAGGUCAGAUGAAAAACAGCAAAUUAAAGCACUUCUUGAAAAUGUUGGAGCUUCGAUGUGUCCAGACUUUUCAGAUUGGUUUGGACAUAGUGGACUUGAUGCUCAGUCGAAAAGUACUGAUAAAUCAGUUGUCCCUAAAUUUUUGCAAGCACAUCCUACAGACUAUGCAACUAAGAAACUGCAGGAGAUGAUUCGCUUGAUGAAGCAGAGGCACUUCUCAGCAGCUUUCAAAUGUUACCUGAACUACCACAAAACUGAUUCUCUUUCAAAUGACAACUUGUGUUACAGGAUGGUUGUACAUGUGCAUCACGAUUCUGUUUUUAAACGUUAUCAGCAAGAGAUGAGGAAAAACAAAGGGUUGUGGCCUCUAUAUAGAGGUUUCUUUGUUGAUGUAAACCUGUUCAAGGCGACGAAUAAGAAGGCAGCUGAACUUGCCAAAAAUGGCGAUGCUUUACUGAAAAAUAUCAACGGUGCCAUGGACUCAAGUUCUUCAACUGUGGAUGGUCUGGCUGAUGAGGAUUCAAAUCUAAUGGUUAAGCUUAAAUUCUUGACAUAUAAGUUAAGGACAUUUUUAAUUCGUAAUGGCCUGUCUACCCUUUUCAAAGAUGGACCGUUAGCUUAUAGAACUUAUUACUUAAGGCAAAUGAAGAUUUGGGGAACAUCACCAAGCAAACAGACAGAGCUUAGCAGAAUGUUGGAUGAAUGGGCUGUCUACAUUAGAAGGAAGUAUGGGAAUAAGCCACUGUCAUCCUCAACAUAUCUUAGUGAAGCAGAGCCUUUCCUUGAACAAUACGCUAAACGCAGCCCUUCAAACCAAGCUUUGAUUGGGGCUGCUGGUAACCUAGUGCAGACAGAAAAUUUCUUGGCCAUACUUGAUGCAGAGAAAGAUGAAGAGGGUGAUCUUCGGGCAGAACAUGGGGCAGCACCUUCUAGUCCUGCAUCAACGUCUGCUGAUGUGGUUCCCAAAACAGAGGGCCUUAUUGUCUUCUUCCCGGGUAUACCUGGUUGUGCAAAGUCAGCUCUAUGUAAGGAAAUAUUAGACACACCUGGUGGCCUGGGUGAUAAUCGUCCUCUCCAUAGCUUGAUGGGUGAUCUUAUUAAAGGAAGAUACUGGCAAAAGGUUGCUGAUGAGCGAAGAAAGAAACCGGCUAGAAUAACCCUUGCUGACAAAAAUGCACCAAACGAAGAAGUGUGGAGGCAGAUUGAGGACAUGUGUGGGAGCACAAAGGCAGCCGCUGUUCCUGUGGUUCCAGACUCUGAAGGCACAGAUUCAAAUCCAUUUUCUCUUGAUGCUCUUGCUGUUUUCAUGUUUCGUGUCCUCCAGCGGGUCAAUCAUCCGGGAAAUCUGGAUAAGGCAUCACCCAACGCGGGCUAUGUUUUGCUAAUGUUUUACCACCUAUAUGAUGGCAAGAGUCGAAGAGAAUUUGAAAAUGAACUGUAUGAGCGUUUUGGCUCCCUGGUUAAGAUGCCUCUCCUUAAGCCAGAUAGAGCUCCAUUACCUGGUGCUGUGAAAGCGGUGUUAGAUGAGGGGAUUAGCUUGUUCAGACUGCAUCAGAGCAGGCAUGGAAGAGUGGAUCCAUCAAAAGGUUCAUAUGCUAAAGAAUGGACACAGUGGGAGCAGAGGUUGCGUGUGACCUUGUUUGGGAAUGCUGAUUAUAUUAAUGCCAUUCAGGUUCCGUUUGAGUUUGCUGUGAAAGAAGUACUGGAACAGUUAAAAGCUGUUGCAAAAGGUGAUAUCAAAACACCUGAUACUGGGAAGCGGAAGUUUGGAAAUAUCAUCUUUGCUGCUGUUAGAUUAACCCCAGCUGAUAUAGUGGGCCUUCUCCGUAAGGUGUCAGAGAAGGACACUGCCGUAAACACUUUCCUCAACGAGAUAAAACUGGAGGACAGCCUAACCAAGGCCCACGUCACCCUCGCCCACAAACGAGGCCAUGGUGUGGCUGCAGUCGCGAGCUACGGAGUCUACCAGCACCAGGAGGUCCCCGUGUCGUUUAACGCCUUGUACUACACCGACAAGAUGGCCGCCCUGGAGGCGCAGCUCGGGGCCGUGAACGGCGAGCAGAUCGAGUCCAGGAACGAGUGGCCGCACGCCACCCUGUGGACGGCUGCAGGCGUCGCGCCCAAGGAGGCCAACACGCUGCCGCAGCUGGCCGCGGAAGGAAAAGCGACGCGGGUGCCGAUCGAGCCUCCCAUCACCAUAUCUGGUGUGUUGGACUUCUACUGAUUUGCCCGCCCGGGUUUUAGACUCUGUAGGUGCGGAUGUGAACAAUGGGAGAUAUGAUCGUUAGCUUCUGGUGGCCUUACACAGUUACACGUUAGCAGCUGAUCGUGGCAAUAAUUAGCAUGUAAAUUGGCAUUAGUCUCACGCCACAAUUGUGAGGGCUUAUAGGAUCGAACCCUUUUGUUUUCCCCCUCGAGCCGAUCCCUGGGGCGUUAUAAAUAACAUGCCGUGGCUACGGUCGCUUUUCCACGAU